AUGAAUGAAGAGCAUAAACUAAACUGUAGUGCUUACAUCAGAAAUGCCUUCUCUGAGAUAGGCACUGGGAUCUCAGCCAAUAGCUGCCUUUGCCUCUUCCACACCUUUAUAUUUAUUUGUGGACACAGGCUCAGACUCACUGACUUGCUCAUUGGAAUCAUGGCCCUCGUACACCUAGUGAUGCUGUUACUUGCACCAUAUGUAACUGGAGACUUUUUUAUGUCUUCAGGGGGAUGGGAUUAUGUCACAUAUAAACUAUUCAUUUUCUUGCACAGGGUUUUCUGGAGACUGUUUUUUGCCACCUGUCUUCUGAUUGUUUUCCAGGCCAUCAUCCUCUGCCCUCAAAGCUCUCACUUAGAUAAGUUCAAACACAAUUCACCACAUCAGCUCUCAUAUUUCUUUAUUUUACUGAGUAUCUUCUAUACAUCCAUCAGCAGCCAUAUUUUAAUAGCAGCUACUGCCACACAAAAUCUCACCUCUGUCAAUCUUAUAUAUAUCACAAAUUUUUGCUCUUUUACACCCAUGAGUUCCUCAGUACAACACAUCUUCUCUACACUGCUGGUUUUCAGGAAUGUCUUCCUUAUUGGUAUCAUGGCCCUCUCGACUUUCUACAUGGUGACUCUCUUGUGA